UUGGGUCACGGUAGGCAUGCAAUACUAUUGAUUGUAAGGGCGACACCCAAACUCCGUCUUAAUCAUGCUGCAAUAGGGACCUGUCACCGGCCAAUACUAACGUCAAUCAACGUAACCGGACUGUGGGGACCAACUCCCUGAACUUCUGUAUUUGUUUUUACGUCGUGUUUUCUUUAAGUUUGCCGACCUGACAGAGGAGGUGGAGAUGGCUGAUAUUGGAGAGAAGGCGCGCUCUGCCGAGGGGCACGCUGCAGUUGGGGGGAUGGGGGGCCAUGAUGACAGGUGGAUUGUUAUCCAAAAAACGACGUUUACAAACUGGGUGAACGAACAACUUCAAGUCCGGGAAUUAUCUGUCAGCGACUUAAAGACCGAUCUCGGCGAUGGAGUUAAACUGGGAAACUUGGUGGAAAUUAUUCAGUCGCGAAAAAUUGGAAGGAUCGUGAAGAAGCCAUUGAAUCAACACCACUACAUACAGAAUGUAACGCUGGCUUUGAAUGCCGUCAGUGAAGAUGGCGUUAAGUUGGUUAAUAUCGGUAGUGAAGAUAUAGUAAACGGCAACCUCAAGUUGAUCCUAGGCCUGAUAUGGCACCUCAUCCUCAGAUAUCAGAUUGGAAAGACCAAGUUUCCACCAAAGAAGCUCAUGUUGUCAUGGUUACAGGCAGUCAUCCCAGAAUGCAACAUUCGCAACUUUUCUUCAGAUUGGAAUGAUGGAAUAGCUUUAAGUGCAUUGCUGGAGUAUUGUAAACCAGGACUGUUCACAAACUGGAGGAACCUGCCGCGCUAUGAGGGGUCUGAUGAGGAUAGAGCUUACCAAAUACGCCUUGAGAAUUGUCGCAAUGCUAUGGAUGUGGCCAAGAAAGAGUUUGGAAUCCCCAUGGUGUUACGCCCUGAAGAUCUGGCUAACCCUGACCUGGAUGACCUGUCUGGCAUGACGUACCUGUCGUACUUUAUGAUGGUAGAUUCUCCAGGGUAUCACGCCACGCUGAGAGACACCAACAAACUGGUCGGCAGCCAGCUGGUCAACAACUUCCAGUCGGACUGGGCAGAUGGCAGUGUUCUCUGUAAGAUUGUGACAGCCGCUGGGGGACAGGUACCUGGAGGUGACGAUGACAGUGUGACACUGACACAGAAAGGCAUAGAUGCUGCUAAAAGACUUGGUGUUGAGCCUGUCCUGAAGGCAGAAGAGAUGACAGACCCAGAAGUGGAACAUCUCGGAGUCAUGGCGUAUGCUGCCCGAUUAUCUGAGCUUAAACCAGUUGCCAUGAACAAUGACGAGAAAGUGACCAUCAAGACAGACCUGAAGCUGGCGUGUGUGGGAAAACCUACCAAGUAUAAGCUGGAGAUUCUGUCAGAUGAUGUGAACUUCAGUGACGUGACCACAGAGGUGCAGGGUCCUAGUGGCAAACUCCCCACAGAGGUGACGUGGAAUGGCAUGGUAGGGGAGGGGACCUUUACACCCUCAGAGAUAGGACAACACAGUAUAUUCUAA